AUGUCCAACUUCAUCCUGCUGGGUUUCUCCUCCCUGGGCCAGCUGAGCCGCACUCUCUUCUGUGCCCUUCUCUCCGCCGCCUACACCGGGACACUGGCAGGCAACCUGUGCAUUUUGUGGGCCGUGCUGCAGGAUCCCCACCUCCAACGCCUGCCUAUGUACAUCCUGCUGGGGAACUUCUCCUGGCUGGAGAUCUGCUAUGUCACAGCCACGGUGCCACGGAUGCUCUCGGACCUGGUGUCCCCUGGCAUCCCCAUCUCCUUCCAGGCCUGCUUCAUGCAGUUUUACUUCACCUUCUCCAUGGGAGCCACUGAAUGCUUCUUCCUCGUGGCCAUGGCCUUGGAUAGGUACCUGGCCAUCUGCCACCCCCUGCACUACCCCGUCCUCAUGUGCCCCAAACUUUGCUGGGCCCUGGUGGCCUCUUGCUGGCUCUCUGGCUUCCUGUGGUUCAUAGUGCCUGUUGCCCUCAUCUCCCAGCUCUCUUUCUGUGGCUCCAACACCCUGGAUCAUUUUGUGUGUGACCCGGCCCCAUUACUGGCUGCCUCCUGCACCCCAGCUCCCCGGACUGAACAGGCCUGCUAUGCCCUGAGUUCCCUCAUCAUCUUCACCAUCGUCCUCUUCAUCCUGGCCUCCUAUGGGCUAGUCGUCAGGGCAGUGCUGAGGCUGCCCUCAGGGGCCAAGCAACACAAGGCCUUCUCCACCUGCACCUCACACCUGGCUGUCGUGGGCCUUUACGGCUCCGUCAUGGUCAUGUACGUCAACCCGGCAGCCUCGGGGGACAGCGGGAAGGUAGUGACGCUCUUCUAUGCGGUGGGGACCCCGCUGCUCAAUCCACUGAUCUACAGCCUGAAAAACAAGGAGAUGAAGGAGGCUCUGAGGAGGACACUGCUGAGGGAGCGGUAG